AUGGGCUGUUUGGAAAGAGGUUUUUUAGGGGGAAAUGGCUGGAAAGCUUGCCAAAACCCUGCCAAAAGUGUAACUUUUGGCAGGUUUUCCACCCAAAUCGCCUCUAAAAGAGACGAUUUGGGUGGAAAGCCUGUCAAAAGCUGCACUUUUGGCAGGCUUUCCCCCUACCCAAAUCGCAAACAAACCGUCUCUAAGACUAAGUUAAGAAUUAAAGGGGAUGUAAAAUCAGUUCUGAAAAUCUAUCAAUGUGUCAAAAAAUUUGGAGCUAUUUCUGGUCUUGAAGCAAAUCUCACAAAGUGUUCUAUAUUUUAUGGUGGAGUUGAAGAUACUAUCAAGAAUGACAUUUUCAAUCACAUUGGAUUUCCUGAGGGGGUUUUACCAUUCAAAUAUCUUGGCCUACCCCUGAUUUCAAAGAGAUUAUCUUAUGUUGAUUGUAAUCCCCUGUUCCAAAAAAUUUCAAAUCAAUUUCAGGAAUGGAAGAAGCACAGAACUCUAUCCUAUGCAGGCAGACUGCAGAUAAUUAAAAGCAUCAUUCUUGGAGUUCAAAUCUUUUGGACUUCAUGCUACGUUCUGCCCUCUAAAGUCCUACAGAAAAUUGAUGAUCUUUGCAGAGAUUUCUUAUGGGGGAGAUCUGAUCAUAGUCUCAAGGCUCCACUUGUGUCAUGGGAUAAAGUCUGCACAGGGAAGAAUCAAGGGGGUCUGGGUAUUUAUUCUGCCAUUACUUGGAAUUUAGCCACUGCAAUGAGAACAUUAUGGUAUGUGCAUUCAAAUAAAGAGUGUUUGUGGAUUAAAUGGGUUCAUGGCACCUAUUUAAAAGAAUCAAACAUUUGGCAAGUGAGGGUGAAAACUGGUGACUCUUGGUUAUGGAAACAGUUGCUGAAAGUAAGGGAUAAAGCUGUGAAUCUUGUGGGAGGGACUGAUAUGCUAAUUCAGAUUGGUUAUGGAAACAGUUGCUGA